AUGACCAUUACAGACUUCACCGUGCGCAAAAAGAGCUACCGCUACCUCACCACUCAGGGGAGCUACCCAAACCAUGAUUCCAAGGCGGUCCUCAAUGCCUUUGAUCCUACCAAGGACCUUCAGUUGCAAGAUCUAAACAGCCUUGUCAAAAAGGGUACACAACGGUUGGCGAAAAGAAAGAGCAGCAUUUUGAUAAAUUGGCUGGACCAUGACGUUCUGGAGAACGGGAGCGACCCACUGGCAUUCUCUUGGCCGGCAAAGGCCUUCUCAAAAACCCAUCUGGUUAAGGUUCCAAAGUUGGAGGCGUGGAUGAUAAACGAGGAGCUCGAGCAGGAUUGCUCCAAGUUGUUUGUGAUGGAGAAUAUCACCGACGAAGAUCCUGAGACGGCUUACAACCUACUGGUCACACCCAAGCGAAUGCCCAUUUCCCAAGGAGAUCUUGGAUAUCACUUGGGACGGAUCGUACGCACGCAAAGUCUUGCGAUUGGAGAAGUUCCGGCACUUCGUGGACCAUUGGCGCAUGGCAAAAACGGUUGUCGGGAGAGAUCAGCUUUCAAAGAACGUCAGAGAACCUGCUGUUCUCACUGCGGAUUGGACUCGGAGAACUCAACUGGAGAUUCCACCGACAAGACCUACGAACUGCUCACCAAGACCUUGGCGGCCAUCAAGGAGAGUAAUAAGACGACCAAGAACUCCGUGGAAUCGCUUUCGGAGGUAGUGGUAGCGGGUAUCCAGGGACAAGCAUCGGACAAGGCGCCCCCAAAUACAGUGGAAAAGAAGUGGCCCACAAGGCUCUCCUACCUGAAGAGAGUUGCUGGUACUACAACCUCAGCUCAGCUUCCCAUUCUCUGGCACGAGCUAGCAAAGUGUAAGAAGCACGAAUCAAUUGGAAUUGUGCAGUCCCUGCUGGACAAUGAGGCCAAAAAACUGAACCUCAAUCUGGAAUUCAUCGUUUCAGCCCGAGUAAUCAAGAGCCUGAAACACAGGGAGGUCCUGCUGAAUAUAGUCCUUCCGGCGUCCGUAGCACUAAACCUGUACCCUAGGAAUCCCAAAUUAUUACCGUUAAACUAUUGA